GCUGCUGGGAAAAAGGGCGGGGCCGCGAGGGGCCGCCGUCCGUCCCGCCCCUUGCCGGGCCGCGGCGCUCUGCUAGAGCGUGGCUCAGUUUUGGUAGCGGGACCCCAGAAAUGUAAAGCAUGAGCGGGAAGAGUCGCCAGGGCGAGUGACAGGCGAGCCCUGUGCUUUACUUCCGAGGGCGGUGUCAGCAAAGCUAGAGUCAGAGGUUCCGGUUGAGAUCAAGUUGGGAGACACACCCUUGUUCAUUCUUCUUGAGAAGCAGCCAUUAUCAACAGAACAUUGACAGAACCUGUGUUUGGGGAAAGGACUGAUGGCUUUGAGUCUAGGUUGGAAAGCACACAGGAACCACUGUGGUCUCCUCUUGCAGGUUCUGCGAAGCAGUGGUCUUCUCUUGUUUCCCUGUGGCCAGUGUCCCUGGAGAGGAGCUGGAAGCUUUUUGGACCCUGAGAUAAAGGCUUUCCUGGAGGAGAACACUGAAGUCACCAGCAGUGGUAGCCUCACCCCUGAAAUCCAGUUGCGGCUUUUGACCCCCAGAUGCAAAUUCUGGUGGGAGAGAGCUGACCUGUGGCCCCACAGUGAUCCUUACUGGGCAAUCUACUGGCCAGGAGGCCAAGCCCUGUCUAGGUAUCUUUUGGAUAAUCCUGAUGUUGUCAGAGGAAAAUCUGUGUUAGAUCUUGGGAGUGGAUGUGGAGCUACAGCUAUUGCUGCUAAGAUGAGUGGGGCAUCAAGGAUCUUGGCCAAUGACAUAGACCCUAUUGCAGGAAUGGCUAUUACACUAAAUUGUGAAUUGAACAGACUGAAUCCUUUUCCUAUUUUAAUCCAAAACAUUUUGAAUUUGGAACAAGAUAAGUGGGACCUUGUUGUUCUUGGCGAUAUGUUUUAUGAUGAAGACCUUGCAGAUAGUCUUCAUCAGUGGCUGAAGAAGUGCUUCUGGACCUAUAGAACUCGAGUACUGAUUGGUGACCCUGGGCGGCCCCAGUUCAGUGGACACAGCAUUCAGCAUUACCUGCACAAAGUGGUAGAAUAUUCACUUUUGGAGCCUACUAGGCAGGAAAACAGUGGACUGACAACAAGCACAGUGUGGGAUUUUCAGCCUUGAGUUGUCAAAGUGCUUCCAAGUAUGAAUAUAGUAAUGUUUGGAUCUGACUCUAAAAGUUUUCUCUAUAGGAGAUACUCUCCAGUUUAAUGAAUGUAAUUCUUGUUAAAUGGAAAAUCUUGUUUUUACAAUAUGAAGGUUUAGAGUUUUGUUUACUUUUGUCAUGUAACUGGUUCUGUAUUUCUAUGCAUGCCAAUUAUACACAUCUCUAUCUGCACUUUUUUUUCUAUUUUAACCGCUGAAGGAAUAUGAUUAUACAAUGCCAUACUCAAUGGUGGCAGCAUUUAAUUUAAGUAAUGGAGAAGAACUAAACAUUGUAGCUGGAUCUGUUUCUGUAGUCGAGGACAACUGUGAUGUAACUUUGAAUUAAACAAACAAAACAAAACAUAGAAGAAGACUAUAUAUAUAUUUUUUCUUUUUUUAGAGACAGUCUCACUUUGCUCCCAGGCUGGAAUGCAGUGGCUAUUCAGAGGCUUAAUCAUUGGGCACUGCAGCCUUGAACUCUGGGCUUUUUUUUUUUUGAGAUGGAGUCUCAGCUCUGUCGUCCAGGCUGGAGUGCAGUGGCUCAUGUCUCGGCUCACUGUAGCCUCCACCUCCCCCGUUCAAGCGAUUGUCCUGUCUCAGCCUCCAGAGUAGCUGGGAUUUUAGGUGUGCACCACCAUGCCUGGCUAAUUUUUGUAUUUUUAGUAGAGACGGGGUUUUGCCAUGUUGGCCAGGCCGGUCUCAAACUCCUGACCUCAGGUGAUCCACCCGCCUUGGCCUCCCAAAGUGCUAGGAUUACAGGUGUGAGCCACCACGCCAGCCUGACGCUGUUUUUUACUUCUAUCACUUCCUUUUGAUUUUUUCUUAUAGCUUCUAUCUCUGCUUACGUCACCCAUCAUUCUUGCGUGUUGUAUGCUUUUUGCAUUAGAGCCCUUUGCAUGUUAAUCAGUUAUUUUAAAUUUAUGAUCUGGUAAUUCUAAAAUGUCUGCCAUAACUGAGUCUGGUUCUGAUGCUUGUUUUCUUUUCAGACUGUUUUUUUUGUCUUUUAGCAUGCCUUGUAAUUUUUUGUUGAUAGCUAGACAUGAUGUAUUGGAUAAAUAAACAAGUAAACUAAGGUAGCAUGAGGUUUUAAAAUCUGGGUAGGGCUACUGUUUGCUGUAGUGUAGAUAUUACAGGCUAAAUUUUCCUCUAGUGUCCUGGCUAUUGUCUCCUCUGUUAUCUUUGAGUUUCCCUAGAGAUUCCUUCUUAUAUAGAGUCUGAAGCUUGUAGUUUUUUUCACCUGUAAUUCCCUGUUAUAUACAGUAGCCUAACUGAUGUGAUAAGGUAUGGGAGAAGGUAUGUUCUCUAGUCCUGUGAUUAAGUCUCAGUCAGUUAAGUCAGCCUGUGCCCCUGCUGUGACCUUCACAAGUGCUUUCAGCUUUUCUUUUGUCACUUUGGUGAGACAGGAAAGCUAGAGGCAGCUGGAGUUGGGUGCUUCCUUUCCCCCAGGUCAACGAGGCUCUGGUAAAAUAGUUUCCCUUGAGAACUGGCUUUUGUUAAGGAGAAUUGAACACUUGGGCAUAUUUCAAAAUGGUUACUUUCCCUAUCCUCAUACCAGAAGAGGGGAUUUUUCUCUGAUCCUCACCCUGAGAACCUGGUAGGUAUCCUGGAGGUAAAACUAUGAAAGUGUGGUGUCUCCCCUAGGAGUGGGCCCCCUGGAGUUUGUUUGUUUUAAUUUAACAAAGUUUAACUGAGCAAAGAACAAUCUGUGAAUUGGGCAGCUCCCAAAAGCAGAAUAGGUUCAGAGUGACUGCAGGGUUGCCACACCUGGUUAGAUAACGUUUAUGGACAGAUUCCUAGAGCUUUUGAUUCUUUUUUUUUUUUUUUUUGAGACAGAGUUUCACUCUUAUUGCCCAGGCUGGAGUGCAAUGGUGCGAUCUUGGCUCACUGCAACCUCCACCUCCUGGGUUAAAGUGAUUCUCCUGCCUUAGCCUCCUGAGUAGCUGGGAUUACAGGUAUACACCACCAAACCCAGCUGGGAUUACAGGCAUGCACCACCAUGCCCAGCUAAUUUUUGUAUUUUUAGUAAAGACAGGGCUUCGCCAUGUUGGCCAGGCUGGUCUCGAACUCCUGACCUCAGGUGAUCCACCUGCCUCAGCCUCCCAAAGUGCUGGGAUUACAGGUGUGAGCCACUGUGCCAGGCUGGAGCUUUUGAUUCUUAAGUCCAUCCACAUGGAGCCUCCAGCAACUCAGGAAUUACAGCAUAAAUGUUCCUAUUGGUACUGGCUCCAGCAACAGGCUUCUGCUCCCUGUAACCUAUGGUUCUUUGUAUUUGCGUUUCUAAUUUGUGAGGCAUUCUCUCUUUAACCUUAAUUCUCUAAUGGAUCUAAGUGUUGUUGAUUUUUCAGUUUAUUGAGCUUUUUUCUUAUUGUGAGGAUGGGAAUGAUGACUUCCAAUCUCUUUAUAUUAGAAAAUGUAAAUCAGACUAGAGACUGGAAAUUUUUGUUGUUGUUGUUGGGUGUUUUGUUUUGUUUGUUUUUAGACAGGUCUUGCUCUCUCAUCCAGGCUGGAGUUCAGCGAUGCGACCGUGCUCACUGCAGCCUCGACUUUCUAGGCUCAGGUAAUCCUCCCACUUCAGCCUCCUUAGUAGCUAGGCCUGUAGGCAUGCACCACCAUGAUGCCUGGCUAGUUGUUUUAUUUUGUAUUUUUUGUAGACAUGGAGUCUUGCUACAUUGGCCAGGCUGGGUAUUACUGGGUAUUUCUUUCUUUCCUCCUUUAUUUCUUUCCAUAUUUACUUAUUCAAUGAAUAUUUGAGUGCUUAUUAUAUACCAGGCACUGUUCUAGGCACUGGGGAUAUGGGGAUACAGCAAUGAAAAAAAAAAGAUAAAUAUUUUGUCCUUAUGAAAUUUGUAUUCUAGAGUAGGGAGACAUAAUGAACAAAUGAAAACAGGCAUCAGAUGGUGAUAGGUAGUAAGGAGAAAAAGAAGUAAGGGUAAUAGGGAAUACUGGGUACUGGAUGGGGUACAGAUAUUGUAAACAGAGUGGUGAGAAAUAGUUAAUACAACUAGCAACAUAAAAAAGGAGAAAUAUCAAACUGCAAACUGUUUUAGGAAGAUAAAUCCUUCAUAGACCCAAAGAAGCUCACAAUUUAGAUGUCGAAACUAGUUUCUGCAAAAAGGGGAAAAUGUGAUUGACUUGGUUAAAUAUUCAGUAUUAAAUUUUAUUGAAUUUGUGUUUAGAAAAAUUUCAUAGAUAGAACAGGCCUAACCCAUUUUGCACAUAUAUACAUAUGCACCACCUUUGCAGUGGCAACAUAUAUAUCCACACUAUAAACAUACCACAUUUAUAAAUCUUGUAAGGACAAGAAAUGGAGUUGAAUAAGUAACCCCCAACAUAUACGAGAAAGUUAGCAUACUUACCCCGUUUUUCACUACAUCAGAGGCAAAAUAAGAAAUCUUUUAAGAAAAUCUCAAGACAGGCUCAUGGCAAAAUGAAUAUGCUAAAUUUGGGGGUUGGUUUAAGCAUGGUAUGUGUCAGGUAAUUUUGUGAUUACCAAAAAGUUUUCACUUGAAAACUAAGACCUUUGCUGUUUAUUUCACAAUGUGAAAUCAAUAAACCUGAGGAUACAA